GACAAAGAAGGUCAAGGUUUGAUAAAGCUGAAAGAUGUUGAAGAAUAUGUUUAUAAUGAUUUACUUACACUGGAUAUUGUUACGCCUGAAAGGUAUAUAUUGAAUAUGUUCUUGUGGAUUGAUAACUUAUAGUUCUAUGUUCUGAAGUUGAACAAGAACCGAAGGUUGGAAUUUUAAAAAUUAAAAAUGCAUGUGGCUGGGCGAAAAUAUCUUUCAAAAAGAAUUUAAGCAAAAAGAGGUUUUCAUUAAAAUGAUUUGUACAUAAAUUUACACCGAAUUACAUUUUGUACAUUAUUAUACAUGUGACUAAUAAAGUACCAAUUAAUAUUAAGUUUCACGCGAUUGUAUGGUUGGUCUAUGUGAAUACAAUAUAUAGCUUUGUAAUAAUACUCAAUGUUGCUUCUAGGACAUAUAAUUUAAAGGCUGAAACCAAAGAGGAAGCAUUGGACUGGUACAUCGCCCUUCGUAACAAACAG